AUGAUUCUAUUAAGACGGAAGGUCAACAGUCACCAGGCAGGCGCGACAUCGACUUGUGAAGCUGACAACGCCGCUCCACCAGUGUUAUGUGGUGUGACUCCAAACGCGAUCUAUCAAUGUCUCGGUACACCAAAAGUAGUCAAAAAAGAAGCUUCCAGUCAAUGCAGUUCUGACCUCGGAGAGUGUGAAAAAAUGAGCUGCAUUUUCAGUAAAUCAGGCUGGAUGAAAGACAAUAAGGUUGAUAAAGAAAAGUUCUCGGCGUACUUUGAUCAGUUUGCCAAGGAGAACCCUGACUGGCAGGUAGCCGUGGAACACAUGAAGUCCAACUGUCUGUCCAACGACCUCCCUCCUCAAGGUGUACAUUUAAACUGUCCAGCAUACGACGUCAUGAUCUGCGCUUUUGCUAACUUCAUCAAGAGCGCUCCGGCCUCCCAGUGGUCGUCCUCUGCUCAUUGCGACUACCCUCGACGGUUUGCAGCCUCUUGUCCAGUGUGCCCCACAGCCUGCUUCGCUCCUUCCAUUCCCAUAGGAUCUUGCAACGCCUGUCUCUCGCUGCCGAGAUCACCUUAG